AUGGUUGCCGCUGUAGAGUAUUCAAUACCCAAGGAAGCUCAAAGCGUAUUUGAAAAUGGCAUCUUGCAAAACCCCCUCAUGAACGAUCUGCCAGCCGAAGUGCAAGGAUUGAGCAAAUUCGUGCGAUUCGAAGGCUCCAACAACCCAAGUAUUCCAAUCAACUGGCGAUUCGCCGAGAGCAUUUCUGCUUUGAAAGCUUUCGAAGGGGUGAUGCUAAACAAUCUUCUCACUAAGAAGUACAAGAUCGAUCCUGUGGAGAUGACGAUCAACACAGAUCAUGCUUCGUUGUUCUUCAUGUCACCCGUGGUAUCUCAGCUAAUCAAGGACGGAAAGCCUGUGCCGAUUGGCCCACUUUCUGAAGAAGUCGCCCGUCUAUUUCCCAACCAAGAUAAACAUAGAUCCCUGGCGAAUCUGCACCGCAGCUUGGCCACUAACAUCUACAAAACAAAAGAUGGACGGUUCUAUCAUCUCCAUGGAAGCAUGAACCCCGACCCAACACUGACUGCACUCGGUCUUCCAUUGGAUGGCGAACCAAACGAUACAAUGGAGUCUGUCGUCGAGAGAAUCCAAUCAGUGGUCUCAAAAAUUGAUUCUGCAGCUCUAGAUGAGCUCAUGAAUGAAAAAUACCGACAGGCAGGAACAAUCGCCUGGUCUUCAGAAGAGUAUUUCGCCAGCGAGCACGGUCAGAAGAAUGGUCGUACCGGCCUCUAUGAAAUCAAAAAAGACGCCGCAUCAUCUCAACCGGCAUCUUGGUGGCCAGACCACAAGAGUCAUCCGUCUUCUCCAAAACGACCGCUUGCUGGGCUCAAGGUCGUCGACUUAACACGGGUAAUCGCUGGCCCUUGCAUCUCUCGCAGUUUAGCGGAAAUGGGGGCCAGCGUCAUGCGCGUCACAUCUCCCCAUAUCACAGAUUUGUCCCCAGUCCACCAGGAUCUGAAUUGGGGCAAAUGGAAUUGUUACCUGCAUCUCAAGGAUGAUGGCGACAAAGAGAAGCUGCGGGAACUUAUUUUACAGGCAGAUGUGGUUGUCGAUGGAUAUCGUCCGGGCGUGAUGGAGAGGCUGGGCUUUGGAAGAAGUGCCGUGUUUGACUUGGUCAAGGGUCGGGACCGUGGAAUCCUUCACGUAAGGGAAAACUGCUACGGAUGGCAAGGUCCGUGGAGUCAUCGAAGUGGCUGGCAACAGAUCAGCGAUGCAUGCUGCGGCGUAUCAUUGUCGUUUGGCAAAGCUAUGGGACACGAUGAGCCAGUGACUCCUGUAUUUCCCAACUCAGAUUACUGCACCGGCGUUUGCGGAAGUGCAGCUGUCUUAGAUGCGCUUAGCAAAAGAGCUGAAAUUGGCGGCAGUUAUGGGGUUGACGUUGCGCUCAAUUAUUAUUCUCAAUGGCUUGUCCGCUCCUGCGGAACGUAUCCCACCGAUGUUUGGGACAAACUUUGGAGCAAGCACGGAUCGCCCGUAUUUAGGCAUUACCACGCGAUGCAGUUCUCAGUACCAGUAAUACUCAAGCUACUUUACCAACACGAUGCCAAGGUAUUAUUCAACCAGUCGUUCUUCGAGUCUCGAAGGGCCAGUCACCUGGGCGCCACAUUUAUCCAGGUGAAACCUGUUAUUCAAUUUCCAAAUCAAGAUGUCGAGUUGAAGUAUCAAGUCGGAACUCGGGGAAACGGGGUUGACAAGCCCAUCUGGCCUGAUGAUCUAACCGUAGAAGUAGUAGAAUAG